GGGUUCAGGGCAUAAGAUGUGCCUCCCCAAUGAAAAAUUUUAAUAAUUACUUGGUAAGACAUCAAAUUUUUAACUAAUUUUCAUAGUGGGACUCAAUUUGGAGAAAAUAGCAUUUUCACCAGAACCUCCCCUUAAAUUAUUUACACGCCGGAAAAGCUUUUCCGGCGUGUCUAUAAUAAAGGCGGGUGUUAUUUUUACGCAGCGUGUUUGCAACUCCCUAUUUUAUUAUUUGCACUCUCGUUUUGAGGCCAGCUCGGAGAUAGAGAUGCCUAGGGGGAAGCCGACUGGGUGUGUCGCCUCGUGGUCUAGUGGAUACGUGCCUGCAUGCCACUUUUUUGGCCCGGGUUCAAAACUUGGAGAAUUUUUUUCAAAUGCUGCGUGCACAUAAUUUUGUGACAUGCAAGGGACACGCUGCGUUUAAAUAAUAAAUUUCACAUUGCAAACACGCUGUUUGUCCGUAACUGAGGUAAUUCUUAUGUGCACGCAACAAAUAUUUUUCGGCGUGCUUAUAAUUUUUGACGUCUUAAAGAAACGCAGCGUGCGUUUUACAUUAGUAAAUCUUAUACACACGCAACAAAUAUUUUUGGGGCGUGCUUAUAAUCUUUUUCCUUCGUACAUAAACGCAGCGUGUUUGCAACUUACAAUUUUAUUAUUUGCACUCUCGUUUUUAUGCCAGCUAGGAGAUAGAGAUGCCUAGGGGGAAGCCGACCGGGUGUGUCGCCUCGUGGUCUAGUGGAUACGUGACUGCAUGCCACUUUUUUGGCCCGGGUUCAAAACUUGGAGAAUUUUUUUCAAAUGCUGCGUGCACAUAAUUUUGUGACAUGCAAGGGACACGCUGCGUUUAAAUAAUAAAUUUCACAUUGCAAACACGCUGUUUGUCCGUAACUGAGGUAAUUCUUAUGUGCACGCAACAAAUAUUUUUCGGCGUGCUUAUAAUUUUUGACGUCUUAAAGAAACGCAGCGUGCGUUUUACAUUAGUAAAUCUUAUACACACGCAACAAAUAUUUUUGGGGCGUGCUUAUAAUCUUUUUCCUUCGUACAUAAACGCAGCGUGUUUGCAACUUACAAUUUUAUUAUUUGCACUCUCGUUUUUAUGCCAGCUAGGAGAUAGAGAUGCCUAGGGGGAAGCCGACCGGGUGUGUCGCCUCGUGGUCUAGUGGAUACGUGACUGCAUGCCACUUUUUUGGCCCGGGUUCAAAACUUGGAGAAUUUUUUUCAAAAGAUGCGUGUACAUAAUUUUUCAGUAUUCAAGGGACACGCUGCGUAUGAAUAAUAGAUCGUUGGUUGUGAAGACGCUGCGUGUCGCUUACAUUAAGAUUUCUUAUGCACACGCGCUGGAAAGAUUUCGCAGUGUGUCUAUAAGCAAUUGGUGCUUUACUUGCACGCUGCGUGUCUCUUUCUGCAGUAAAUCUUAUUGGCACGCUUUAGCCUUCGAUGCUCCGUGAGUCCUGAACAAUGCACUCCUUGGCAUGACUCCCUACCUUUAUGAACUGGACAAAGCUGGACUGGGAGGCAGCAGGGAAGCGAAGCGCCUGCGAAAGGCAGGAUAGGCAACCUUCCCGUCCGGCGCGCAGAGGGUGGCCUACCCUGCAAGGCGGCUCCGGACGGUCCCUGCCGAACGCGCUCCGCUGCAAGCACCCGAGGUGCCCGGCCUUCGAAGCGGUAAGCGGUGCUUCGUCACAUUGUCCGGACCUGAUCAGUAUGCAUGGCGAUGAUAACUGAGCCAAUUGUCAACGCAAACUAGCGUUAUUUCAUGUGCGCGUCCUAUGUUUCAAAUGUUGAAUAAUUCGCGGGCACAGAGGGCGCUGGCGGCGGACGACGUUCGUUCCGCCGCCUGCGCCCUCUGUGACGCUUCGCUGGGACUACCAUCGCGUAGCGCGGGAAAACGCAGCCAACAACAAGAACACGCGACGCUGGAGUCUAGAUUUCGUUGAUGUGAGAAGGUGUGAAAGGUUUUUGGCUUUGGCUGAGACUUGUCGUCAAGAAUUAUUUCGUGAGCUUUGAAAUGGAGGUGAUUAGUGAUGGUGAAGAUGAUGCAGUGGACGAAGUGCAACCAUCUCAGUCCCCAAUUAAACGUGGGGAUUCGUAUGACUCAUGGGAACAGUUUGAAGAGGCACUCAAAAACUUAUCUCAAUCGUCCCAUGCUGUGUUUGUGGUGAAGAACAGCAAAUUGGUUAGUACUGUUAAUAUGGGCUUGAAAAAGAAAAAGUAUGAUGAACGUCUGAAAUACAAGUCAGCUUUAAUCGCAUGCAAAAACUAUGGGACCUAUGUCACCAAAAGCACUGGUCAACGGCCUAAUCAACAGACUUUUAAAAUGGAUUGCAAAGCCCAUAUUGAAGUCAAAGCAGACUUGGACAGACAGAAAAUUGUUGUCACCUCUGUUUCUCUCGAACAUAACCACAUCACUGAAAAGGAGAUAACUGCAUUUUAUCCUGAGGUCAGAGGCUUGAAUAAGUUUGAGCUUGACGAUGCCAAAAAAUUGAUCAAACUGAGGGUGAAGCCCUCUAUUCUUCUCCAACAAAUACAUGAAGAGACUGGAAAACAUUUGGUUGGGCAGGACUUGGUCAAUGCACGACAUGCUUUUAAACAGCAAGAGAGAGAGGGACGCACUGAAGUAGAAGAUCUGCUGCAUUAUCUGAAAGUUCUGGAAGAUCAGGGUGAUUUCAUCACUGUGGGGACAGAUGAUGAAGGAGAGAUACAGUUUAUAUUUAUAAUGCACAAAGGAUCAAAGGAAACAUUCAAUAAGUUUCCUGAGGUUGUUAUAGCAGAUUCAACGUAUAACACGAAUAAGAAUAAGAUGCCCCUGCUCCUGAUCAAUGUCAUGAACGGCCUUGGUGGUUCUGAGUGCAUUGCCUAUGCGUUUAUAAUUAACGAGACCAAAGAAACUUACUCAGAAAUUUUCAAGCUAUUGGGAAAUGCAGUUGGUGAUGACAUCAAGCGUACUAAGACCAUUGUCGUUGAUCAUGAUAUGAGUGAGAUCAGCUCACUGAAGGAAGCGUUUCCUCAUAUUGAUGUACAGUUAUGUUCAUUCCACGUUCCCAAUUCAUUCAAGCGCAAUACCUUAAAGGAAAAGAAUAAGGAAUCUGUCCGUGAAGUACUUCAAAAGAUGGUGUAUUGCAAGAACGAUGAAGAGUACAAUGAGCUGUACAAAGAAUUGAAAUGUGUGGCAUCAUCUAAAUUUAUGACGAACUAUUUUGACAAAUAUUAUCAUCACUGUGCUAAUGCUUGGACUAGAAAAUCAAAACACCACAGUCCUAACUUUGGAAAUGACACAACUAAUAGGAAUGAGUCCAUGAACCAGAAAAUUAAGGUGAUUGUAGAUAGAAGUUUUGAACUGAAGGAGACCAUAGUGCAAAUUCGUGCUUUCCUUCGAAACAAACAGAACACAAUGGCUUAUAGGAGGUACCUCAUGUGUGCUAAGAAAUCUUAUGUAGUAAAUUGCAAUGACCCUGACGUGCAAAAUAUCCUGGACAUUUGCACCCAAUUUGCCUCUAAAUAUAUAAGGUUAGAAUUAGAGCAAGCAAAAAAAGCUGCAGUUAAGAUCAUCUAUGAUACAACUGAGACCAGCUGCAAUUGUUAUUUUGCGAAAAGUUUAUUGCUCCCAUGCAGACACAUCAUGCGGAUUAGAGCUAGUUCAGGCUUGUCACGCUUUGAUGAGAAGCUAGUGCACCAAAGAUGGCUGAAAAGUUACAACACGGUCACAACAGGGACUGUCAAUCCGGAAAAUGAGAAUGGGAAGAUGCUAGUUGUGUCCAUGCCUCCCAAACUCAAGCCAAAAGGCAAAGCUGACAAAUUCAAGAGUGGGAUGAAGCUGGGAGGGGAAUUAGCUGAACUUCUGUCUGUCUCUGGAACGGAACAAUAUGAGAGGCGAGUCGCUUUUCUGAAGGAAAUAAUUUCCUCCUGGAAAAAUGGCCAGGAGCUUGCUGUGUACAGAUUAGGUGCACCUUUAGGAGAGGAAGAAGACACAACUACUGAAACUGCUCAAGAAGAAAAUCUAGAGACAUCUGAUAUUGAUCAAGCAAAUAAUCUGGGAAAAACUGUUCAAGAAGACAAUAUUAAUAAAGAUAAUACACGAGCAGAAAAUAUUUCAGAAGACAAUACCAAUGAAGAUAAUUCACAAGAAGAAACAGAAGACAAUACUAAUGAAGAUAAUACACUAGAAGGAAAUAUUUCGGAAGACGAUCCAAUGAAGAAAAUAGCUUCACCCACCGUAAUUAAGCUUCCUCAGACUUUCAAAAUUACUGGGAAACCAAAAGAUUGUGAUAGGACUGUUUUUGGGCAAGCCACUCGCAAAUGGACACUGCCUUCAGUGAAGAGCAAAGGCCGUCCAAAGACUGCUAUGGCAAACAGAUUGACUGCGAUUGGUAAUAAACGUAAGAUACCCAUAAGGAGACAGGCAAUAGACUCAGAGUCAGAUGAAGAUGGUAAUCUGCUAAAAAUUCCAAAGCCAAAGAAAGGUAAGCUGCAAGAAAUUCCAAAGCCAAAGAAUGGUAACCUGCUUAAAAUUCCAAAGCCAAAGAAAGGAAAGUACUCCACCUCAGGACAUGAUUCUGAUUCAGAAAGUGAUGUGGAUGUAAAGCCCAUGAUAUGGAAAAAAUAUGAUGGAGGUACCAUUGAUCUUGUUUCUGAAUCUGAAUCAGAAGAAAGUUUUCUUGCAACAAAGCAGCACAAAGCACAAAGCACGAAGCAGCAAAAUGAAAAGGUUUCUCCAGCAACACAGGAGACUCUUAAUGUAGACACAGUUCCGUUACAUGACAUGCCUUCAAGUGCAGAUACUCCUGAGAAAGACCCAGGCAUGGAAGCACAGCGAUCCAUGUCACCUCUCAACUUAAGUCACCUUUUAGAUGAUGAAAAUGACGAUAUCUUUUUGGGUGUACCUACUGAAGACAACAAAGACAACCCCAUGUGUCGUUGCCGUCCGCAGCUAAGGAGUGUGAGACGUAUUUCUGGACCUAAAGCAAGGCAACCAGGGCGCCACUAUUAUGUGUGCCAAAAACAGGUGAAUAAGUGUGACUUUUGGAGAUUAGCAGCAUCUCCCAAAAAAGCAGCUACAAAGCCUUUCGCAGCAGCAGAUUUUUUUAGAGCUAAAAAAGCCCAGAAGAUUUCUGAUGGUGAUAUUACAUUUAACACUGUGGAUGGUUCAUACAAUGUAUGUUCUCAAACAACUCCCAAUAAGGUGUACAAGGUUACUGCAACAAGCUGUGGCUGCCCGGACAAACAGAAGCGAAAAGUGUUUGAAUGCAAGCACAUCAUCAAAAUUAAGAGCCUUAUGGAAGGUUUGCUCUCAAUGUUUUUCUGUUUGCCAGGGUUUGCUGUCCAUUGGACUGCCGAAAGGGUUCACUUUCUUCUAGUUAGUUUGGAAGUAGUUGGAUUUUUUUUUAUUAGCUUUAUUUAUGGUGUAUGCUUAUGAGUGCUGUUGGAAACAAAAUAAGAUUAUUAUCAGAAAUUAGUCCGAAUUUCUGUAUGCCUCUGAAACUUGUUAAGACUUCCAAACUUCUUCAUAUCUUGUUUUAGAUUUAUUUUAAAGUCUGUCAAUUACUUGUUCUUGAUAGGGAAACCAAGGUAAGAUGAAUGAUAAUUACAGUGUCACUUCUGUAGGUGUUGCUGUUUAUGAUAGUAAUGCAUUAGUGCAUUGUACAAGCUUAAACCUAAUUAGGUAAAACAAAAACAUUGUGAUGAAACAAGUUAUAAAUACUAUUUUUGCUUUCAACUCUCCUUUUUAUGCAGGUAUGUCUGCAAAUCAAUUUUUUAUGAGUGACUAGGAGAAUCCAUGACUAAGUGACUGAAUAAUGUUACAAUAUAUUCCGAUUUAACUGUUGUGUUCAGUGCAAGUAGUCUGGGAGUGACCAUAAUCAGUAGGGUCUCCCAACAUAGUACGCUUGUAGCUGCUUUUUUUUCCUCUAUAUUUUUAUUUUUUCUCUCGUGCAUUUGUUUGGGAUCAUGCAUGUAAAGCAUUGGCACCUGAACACUAAUUCCAAAAGAUUAAUCUGUUUCAGAGUUUAAUAAACUAUCUCAAAUGUUUCAUACGUGAAUGCCCUCAUGAAUUUUUAAGUAACUAAUAUCUAGUUUCUGCUCAUUUUCAUUUUUGAGAUCAUGUACCACAUCAAGAGAUUUUGUGCCAUGGAGCAUUCAUGUAUGUAACCAUUGAGAUAGUUUCAUCCGUUACCUUCCUUUCCUUUUGCCAACUUGAGCAGCGAUAAAACCCAACUGAACAAUAAGGAGCCAGAAACAACCAAUCAGCCGGCUGAGCAAGUGGGCAAAGCGAAGAGUUGCAACACGUGCAAUAAAGGGGAGCCCAGUCAUUGCUGUGCGUUCUGCGGUCGGAAAGUCCACGCGAUUGGAUUGUGCUCUGUGCCUGCUCCAGGGGCACAAGAAGGGUAUGGGCAAAAAAGGAUUUGCAUAGGGUGCCAUGAUAAAAACCAAGUGAUCAGGAAAGCGCCAGCUAAGCCAGCUAAGCCAGGUCCCUCUGGCUUGACAACGAGAUCAGGCAGGGUCCUGUAAAACACCUCUUGUCCUUCCUGCAGUUAUCUUUGAUUACCUUUGAUAUCUUUGAUAUUUGAUAUGACCUUUGAUAUUUGAUAUUGACCCUUGAUAUCUUUGAUAUUUGAUCUUUAAUAUUUGAUGUGAUCUUUGAUAUUUGAUUUUUCAUAUUGACCUUUGAUAUCUUUGAUAUUUAAUAUUUGAUAUGACCUUUGAUAUUUGAUUUUGACCUUUGAUAUCUUUGCAUAUCUUUGAUAUUUGAUCUUUAAUAUUUGAUGUGACCUUUGAUAUUUGAUUUUUGAUAUUGACCUUUGAUAUCUUUGAUAUUUGAUAUGACCUUUGAUAUUUGAUUUUGACCUUUGAUAUCUUUGCAUAUCUUUGAUAUUUGAUCUUUGACUACAACUUUUAUAACGCACUAUUAAACCUGGAUAAUUUUGAGCCUUGAUAAAAAUGGUCUUUGGAAUUUUAUUUUAGAGCCCGCACUAUCGCAAUCUAACAAGCACACAUUGGGAAAUUUACUACUUAAAAUCAAACUCAAGAUGCAACCAGUUUUUUCUUGAAGGCAUGAGACAUAGUGUUGCACACCUACUGUGAGACGAGACGAUAAAUGGAAUCAUUGCAGUUUUCAGCAAACAGAAAAACAAUAUCAUACCGCAUAGGUUAAUAAGUGGAUAUGGUUCACAAAUUCCUCGACUAAACUGAUGGCCAAAUAAAUGGCAUGAACACAAAACAGUGAUUUGAAUCGCCUUUCAGUAAAGAUGCACGAGACGCGCACAUGAAAUAACGCUAGUUUGCGUUGACAAUUGGCUCAGUUAUCAUCGCCAUGCAUACUGAUCAGGUCCGGACAAUGUGACGAAGCACCGCUUACCGCUUCGAAGGCCGGGCACCUCGGGUGCUUGCAGCGGAGCGCGUUCGGCAGGGACCGUCCGGAGCCGCCUUGCAGGGUAGGCCACCCUCUGCGCGCCGGACGGGAAGGUUGCCUAUCCUGCCUUUCGCAGGCGCUUCGCUUCCCUGCUGCCUCCCAGUCCAGCUUUGUCCAGUUCAUAAAGGUAGGGAGUCAUGCCAAGGAGUGCAUUGUUCAGGACUCACGG